CCUUGUUGAAACUCUAUAUAAUAUAACAAGGUGAACAUACAAGAGCACAAACACAAACAAGAACAUCAAUAAUAACCAAUAAUGAGUUCCAUGAAUGUUGUUACAUGGGUUGGUCCGAAUUCUAAGUGGAACCAAACAAUCACAACUAAAAACCAAACUCUUGUUCCCUUUCUAGCUAUUCCCAUUUCAUCACUUACCAAUCAACAAAGAAGAAGAAAAUUGGUUUCUUCUUUUUCCUCUUUCAAACUCUAUGCAAUUCUCACUAAUGUAGUCAAAGUAAAAACCAAAGAAGAAACCAUACCCAAUAUCAAUUUCAAUGCAUACAUGCUUGAAAAAGCUAAUAUAGUGAACAAAGCAUUGGAUGAAGCAAUUGUACUAAAAGAACCGGUGAAGAUUCAUGAAGCUAUGCGAUAUUCCCUCCUGGCCGGAGGAAAAAGAGUUCGUCCGAUACUAUGUAUUGCCGCCUGCAAACUCGUAGGCGGCAAAGAAGAAACAGCAAUUCCAUCGGCCUGUGCCGUGGAAAUGAUUCAUACUAUGUCGUUGAUCCAUGAUGAUUUACCGUGCAUGGACAACGACGAUCUCAGAAGAGGAAAGCCAACAAACCACAAAGUCUAUGGUGAGGACGUAGCUGUCCUUGCUGGAGACGCGCUACUUUCAUUCGCGUUUGAACACGUGGCGGUUUCAACUACAGGGGUCCCACCCGAAAAAGUUGUCAAAGCAAUUGCUGAGCUGGCAAAAUCAGUUGGAAAAGAAGGACUUGUUGCUGGACAAAUUGUUGAUUUGGAAUCAGAAGGCCUAUCAAAUGUCGGAUUGAAGACACUCGAGUUUAUACAUCUUCGAAAAACCGCGGCUUUGUUGGAAGCUUCGGUUGUUAUGGGAGCAAUAAUUGGUGGUGGUAGUGAAGAUGAAAUUGGAAAAUUAAGGAAAUUUGCUAGGUGUAUUGGAUUAUUGUUUCAAGUUGUUGAUGAUAUUCUUGAUGUUACUAAAUCUUCUGAGGAAUUAGGGAAAACAGCAGGGAAGGAUUUGGCUGCUGAUAAAGCUACUUAUCCUAAGCUUUUGGGAUUGGAAAAAUCUAAGGAGUUUGCUGAAAAAUUGAUUAAGGAUGCACAUGAUUGUCUUAUUGGUUUUGAUUAUGAAAAGGUUGCUCCUUUACUUGCUUUAACCAAUUACAUUGCUUAUAGGCAAAAUUAGAGCAAUAUGUUUUUUUUUUUUUUUUUUUUUGGUUUAUAGGAGAAAAAUAAAGUUGGGAAUCUUGGGAUUAUGAAAACAUUGGAUGUUAGAUUUUUAUUUAUUUUUUUGUCAAAUAGUCUGGUAACUAGAAUUUGAAUAAAUGAAAUAUUUAGGAUUUGAAUUUCCACUCAUGUAUAUAUAAUGUGAUGUCCCUAUCAACUAGUUAAAAAUAUUGUAAUAGUGGAUUUAUCAAAUAAGUUCGGUUUUAG